GAGUUUCCCAGAAGGCUUUGAACUUUGUCAGCUUCGUCAGCGGUAGCUAUGACAACAAGGUUCAGACACAGCAAGCCGCAGAUGACCAUGAUUUUAUACAGUUCCGGUUUAUACCCGUGGAGAUUAACUGUUUCCAGGGGAAGCUGGUUUAUUUUGCGGAGGAGGCAGACAAUGAUGUCAUCCAACUACGUUAUCUGUCAGUGGUUUCUGACGGCAUUGAAGACACAGUCUCUGUGAAUUUUUAUAACAUAACUGACAACAGCAAAUACAAGUUCGGAGAGUUCAAUGUUGAAAGUUUGUCCAACAUUUCAUGUGGAGACAUUCACGAAGACCAAAACUGCAAGGCGUCGUUCCAAGUCAGAAGUGGUUUUGUCUACGGAAACGUGCCUUAUUGUUUUUCUACUGUUAAUGGGAAACAUCCACGAUUUGCAGGAAUGUUUACGUGCAAUUCCUUUACUGUCACAGUGCCGAUGUUUUCACACCAGACGUCCCCUAUGGAACCAUACGAACUUGAUCGCACAGGCAAAAAGUACCCACUGAUAAACCCAGACCCCGGUUACGUGUCCCCCUGUGACAACUAA